UUAAAAUAGCGCAGCGUAGCGCUAACCGCUACACCAUCGCUCCCCACCCAAUACAACGAACGCCGCGCACGUCCGCACGGGAAAACCCACCCCCCGACCGGAUUUAAAAACGCAAUUAAAAACAGAUGCGCCUCCUAUCUGGUAGAAUACGGUAACCGCGUGCGCUGUGGCGUCGGUGAAAACCGCGUUUGGUAUUCGUUGCCCAACCUCGGCCGCCGUCGCGUCUCGGCCACCGUCGCGUGUUGUGUAAACACACGCGUGUUUGUUUUUCGCCUCUAUUGUUCGCGGCCGUCGCGAUCCCGCGGUGCGCGGCACCAGCCCCGUCCGUCUUUGCCUCUCCUCGUCCCUCGCCAGGGACACCCGUGCCACCACCAUGGACACGGCAUUGAGGCCGCACCGAGACCCCCCCGGCCUCAUGAGGCUGCCGAGGCCCAAGCGGCCGUGCACUCAGGGAGCGCCCGAGCCGAGCAUCACCCUCAGUUUCCCGACUCUACCGAGUUUGCUGCUGGACAAGCUGCGCGACUUCCGCAGGGAAGGGAGAUUCUGCGACGUCACGGUGUGCGUGCGCAGUGCGGAGAGAGGCCUCGACCGUGACCGGGCAGUGGUGCGCGCGACCUCGGGCCCGACAGCAAUGAUGUUCCGCGCCCACCGCGUCGUGUUGGCCGCGGCGAGCCCCUAUUUUUUGUCGCAUGCCGGCCUGCAGACCACGGGCAGCGAGCCUUCACCAAACCCACUCACCCUCACCCUGACCCCGUGCCCGGCCAUUCCACCGAGAGUUUUCCAUGACAUCCUCCUCUCCUGCUACACGGGCCAGCUGGUGUUCCCCGAGAGCCAAGUGCUGUCGUACCUGACGGCCGCUAGCUACCUCCACAUGGAGCAUGUGGUGACGCGGUGCACGCACAUCCUGCACAGCGAGCCGAGAGGGGGUGGAGCAAACAGAGCUGUGGGCGGAGCUAAUGGAACAGCAGGGGGCAGGGCCAACGGCAUAGUGGGCGGAGCCGGUGACACGCCUUCCCACAAUCCCGCUGGGCCGGAGGCCGAGUACUUUUCUGGUGUUCCCGAUCUUCCCGAUGGAGCCAGCCACCACCAUCAUCACCACCAGCACCAACACCACAACCAUGCCCACCAGCAGCACCACAGCACUCCAACAUUGCUGCACCAACCGCAACCGCACCUGCAACCACAUCUGGCACCACCGCCAACCUCGCCGCCUUUACUGGCGUCGGGCCUCCGUAGGAAACGCUUGCCAGAUGAAUCGACGGAGGAGGCCUGGCAGCAGAACCGCCAGCACAGAAACAAUGACGAAAAUGAUGACGAUGAUGACCACGCUGGCGGCGGCGGCGGCGGCGGCAGCAGCAGCGACAUGACCGGCACCACCGCCACUUCCGUCUCCAAGGAAACGAAGGCGGACGUUUCCAUGGAGGCCGACUGUGGUGGUGACGAUGGCGGCGGCAGCGGCAGUGGCGGUAGUGGCGGUGGAGCUGGUGAUGUCGGCGAUUCGACGGGCGCGCAAGCGAGCGACGACAGCUUUGGCCUCCCGGUGGUGGUGGCGGAGAUCAAGUGCGAGUUUGAGGAGCCACCCUUCCUCAUCGACCAACGCGGCCGCAUGCCGGAUCUCUCGUCCGCCGCCGCCGCCGCCGUCGGCGACGGCGAGGAGCUCGACGAAAACGGUGGAGACGACGACGACGACGACAGCGGCAACGACGGCGGCGCCGAAAUCGCGGACGGCCGGCUGUGCCAUGAUGAGGGUCAGUUUGGCGACGGUGCCGAAGGAUUUGACAAGCGUAAACCGGGCGACGAUGGGGCAGACGCGGUCCAUAAUGGGCAGCACGCGGCCGGCGGAGCGUGCGACGACUCGAUGGGUGGGUACGGUGCCGAGGAGGUGGAUGGGACGAUGGCGGUAGGUGGUGCUGGGGCCGCGAUGGAUGGCGGCGUGGAGGACGGGGGCGGCGGACGCUUGGCCCCCGGGUUUGGAGGAGACUUCACUUGUUACCUGUGCGGAAAGGUGUUCCGUUCCAAGCAGGGCAUGCGGCUGCACCUGGAGGUGCACGCCGGCCUCAAGCGCCACACCUGCCACGUGUGCGGGAGGAGUUUUGGCCGCAAGCAGGUGCUGGCCUACCACCUGACGACUCACACGGGGCUCAAACCGUUUGAGUGUGGAAUAUGUGGCCGGCGCUUCCCUGUACGUGCCACCCUCAGGCAGCACCUGCUGAGACACCAUCAGCAGCCGGCACAUGGACAUGUACACGCACACACAGGCUAACGUGCUCACACAGGCGAACACAUGCAGACGCGCACAUACACGCACGUGUAUACACUUGUGCCGAUAAAUCAGCAGCGGUCGAUGCACACGUGAUAACGCAACCGCACACACACACACAGGCAAGAAAAAGCAGACACAGGGUAACAUAGACUGCAAUCAUAUGUACAAACGCAUUGAUGAAUGUGUACAGUAAUAAUAGGUACACGCUGUCAGGCACACAACACUAUAAUAAGACAUA